AAAAUUACUAUCCUUAACUAUCUUUUUUUUUAGAAUUUAGAAAUCAAAAUAAAGAUUAAAUAAAGAAUAUAUACAAUAUAUAUAAGAAUAUAUAACAUGCCAGAAAUAUACGACACAGUAAAAUCAUUUAAACAACUAUCUUGCGAUUUCCUAAAAAUAUUAGAUCAAGAAGAAACGUUUGAUGUCAUUAUUUACGUUGGCGAUGAAUCUAGUUGUGAAACAUUUAAAGCUCAUUCAAUCAUUUUAAAAACUCGCUCAGAGUAUUUUAGAGCCGCAUUAUCGGCUGCAUGGAGUAAAAAGAAAGAGGAUGGUUUUUACGUAAUUGAUUUGCGUGGAAUGAACAUACCGCAAGCUAUAUUUGGUCAUGUGCUCUUUUACGUAUAUGGAGCAUAUUUAAAUUUAGAAAAAGUAGGGGUUUCAGAGAAAUUACAAUUAUUAAAAGCAGCAGACGUAUUAAUGAUGGAUUCUUUUGUAGAUUAUAUGGAAGCCGAUUUAAUACGAAAUGAAAAUACUUGGAUCAACGAAAAAAGUAGCGAGGUGCUUUAUGUAGCUUUACAAAUUUCAAGAUGUAAAGAGUUAGUUUCAUUGUGCAAUAAUGCAAUACUUCGACACCCAAAAGCUUUUGUAAGCUCCAAGGAAUUUUUAUUUCUCCCACAUGAUUAUAUGGUUGGCUUAUUAGAACGAGACAUAUUUGGAUUGGAGGAAAUUGAUAUAUUUGCAGCAGUGAUAAUGUGGGGAAUAAAUAAUACUCCUGGAAUUUCGUUGGUAGAUGAUUUUUCAACUUGGACAUCAGACCAUAUAGCAACAUUACAAUCAAAUGUGAUUCAAUUACUUUCUUUAAUAAGAUUUUUCCAAAUGGAACCCGAUGAUUUUAUUAAAAAGGUUGGACCUUUAACUAAAGUAUUCAUGCCAGAAUUAUAUGAUCAAGUUAUUGAAUAUCAUUCGAACACACAAUUUCAAUUUAUUUACGAUAUUUUACCUUUAAGAUUAAACAGCACAAUUAUAAAAGAGAAAGAGGAACCUGCGUUAAUAUCAUAUUGGAUUCUUCAUCCUGAUACUGCGGAUGAUACACCAGAAAAAAAUCCUUACACGACAUUCGAUAAAGUCCCUUUUGAUUUUCACUUGAUAUUUAGAUGCGGUGGUGCAGAAUUGGGUGAACAAAAAUGGCGCGAACAAUGUUAUAAUCAAGGACCAACUGUUACGAUAAUAAGAACAAAAAAUCAAAAUGAAGAUGAAGCUGUAUUUGGUGGAUAUAAAAGUAUAAGUUGGUCAACAGAAAAUCAAGAAAUGCGAAUCGGUGGUGAUGGAUUUAUAUUUGGUUACCUCUGGCAACAAAGAAAGUUAUUGCUGCCCUGGAUGUUAAGAGUUAAUAAUCAUUUAGAUGUUGACAUGUUUUUAGGAGAUGGUAUUGAAGUCUUUAUUGAUUUUAGGCAUGGUCAGAAAUUAUUGGCUCAUGCUAAUGGAUUUCAAGAUUUGGAAGAGACAAUUGAAGAAUUAGAGGUAUUUAGGGUUGUUCAGAAAAAAUUUGAUGAAUGACCAGAUGUGAACGAAUUGAUAGGUUAUACUUGUUGGAGUUUAGAAUAGAAUGAAAAGUGUUUAUUAUGAAUAUGUUUUGAGAGUCGCGUUGACCGCAGAUAUCAAGAACAUUAUU